AUGUUGCGGGACACUGACAGCGAAGUCGAUAGCGACGAGACCGAGAUCGAGGAAAGUGUCGAGGCCAUUCGCACAGAUGCGGCGCAGGUGCGACCCAAUGGAACGAUGUACGUUGCCAUCGUGACGGCCAUGUUCGGAGCCAUCAUGUUCGGAAUUGACACGACGAACUUUGGAGCAGUGGUGGAUUUCGAGACAUUUGAGGGCGCUUGGUGCGUGGGCAAGUAUGGGAACAACCUUACGUGUAGCCACGACGAGAAUUUUGGUGCCUCGAAAAACCACCAGUGGCUUGACAAUUUUGUUUCGUGGGCGAACCUGCUGGUCUUCUUGGGGGCCGCGUUCGGUGCUGUUCUGUUUGGGCCGCCGAUCACAAAGAACAAGGGUCGCCGUCCUUGCAUAUCGCUUGGUGCUGCGAUUACCGUCGUUGGAUGCGCUAUGACCUCGUAUGUGUCCUUUGACAGCGUGCCCAUCUUUUUCAUAGGGCGCCUUGUGACUGGCAUGGGCAUUGGCUUGUGCUGCUUCGCGCUUCCGAUGUACAACGCAGAAGUGAGCGCCCCCUGCAUUCGUGGUACCACUGGAUCCCUCUUCCAGUUGUUUGUUGCGUUGGGAGGAUUGCUCGCUUCGAUUCUCACGGCCUUCUGCAAUGAUUGGAAAAUCGGUAUGAUGCUCCCAGGUUUCGCGGCCAUCAUCGUGAUGCUCUCAAUUUGGCUCACUCCUGAGUCCCCUAGGUUUGUCAUGGCAGAAGAAGGUUACGAAGCGGGUGUCGAACAGUUGGAGAAGGUUCGCAAUGGCGACGUCACCAAAGAAGCUCGUGACAUGUAUCAAGAAAUCGAGGAGGAAGAGGCCGCGGGUCAAGUCCGCUAUCGCGCGCUGUUCACGCGGAGGAAUCUUCGCAAGCGUGUCUUCAUUUCAUGCUGGAUGCAAAUCGCACAGCAGUUCACCGGAAUGAACACCAUCAUCAUGUACUCGGGUACUUUGUUCAGAGAGAUGGGCUUCGAGGACCCGCUGAUGACCAACCUCAUCUUCAAUUGCUUCAUGGUCUUUGGUAUGGUCUGCGGCUUGUUCUUGCUCGACUCAGACUACGGUGGCCGACGCAGCCAGCUCUUGAACGUCACGUCGAUCAUCGGACCUUUGCUUGUUUGCACCGGCGUUGGCAUCAAGUUCAGUUGGAAUCAUACCCUAAUCCUGAUUAUGGUCUGCGCUUUUGCGACCAUUUGGCAGAUGGCUUGGGGGAUGAUACCAUGGCUGUACCCUUCGGAGAUCUUCAGCACAUCUGAGCGUGAUCGCGCUGUGUCUCUUGCAGUGUUCACGCAGUAUGGAGCCAAUGCGGUUCUUCUGUACUUGGUUCCGAUCAUUCUCGGCUCCCUCGGCAUUGAGGGAACUAUGAUGUUCUUCGGGUUCUUCAACCUGGCGAACUUCGUCUUCGUACUCGCGUGUGUGCACGAGACAAAGGGCUUGCCCUUGGAAGAUGUGCCUGCUCUCUUUACGAGCAGGCGACGGUUCCGGGAAUGGCUCGGGCGGAAGAAGUUAAUAGACUGA